AUGUCCUCUGAAGAAGGGAAGCUCUUCGUGGGAGGGCUCAAUUUCAACACCGAUGAGCAGGCAUUGGAAGACCACUUUAGCAGUUUCGGGCCUAUCUCUGAGGUGGUUGUUGUCAAGGACCGGGAAACUCAGCGAUCCAGAGGUUUUGGCUUUAUCACCUUCACCAAUCCUGAACAUGCCUCAGAUGCCAUGCAAGCCAUGAAUGGAGAGUCCCUUGAUGGUCGCCAGAUCCGUGUGGAUCAUGCAGGCAAGUCGGCCAGGGGAACCAGAGGGGGUGCCUUUGGUGCCCAUGGACGUGGUCGCAGCUACUCUAGAGGUGGCGGGGACCAGGGCUAUGGGAGCAGCAGGUAUGACAGUCGGCCUGGAGGAUAUGGAUAUGGAUAUGGAAGGUCCAGAGACUAUGGUGGCAGAAGCCAGGGUGGUUAUGACCGCUACUCUGGAGGGAAUUACAGAGACAAUUAUGACAACUGA